AUGGGCGGUUUUUCUUUUUAUAUCGAGGAAUUACGGGUUUUCUUUCCGUAUGAUGCCGUGUACCCCGAACAAUACGAAUACAUGAAGGAGCUGAAGCAUUGUCUGGAUGCUCCGGGACAUGGCAUUCUGGAGAUGCCGACAGGAACGGGGAAAACAGUGGCGCUUUUUUCUCUCAUAACGUCCUAUCAGUUGAUGCAUGGACACCGUGUGGGGAAACUGAUUUUUUGCACCCGAACCAUUCCGGAGAUGAACAAGGCACUCUUGGAAUUGAGGUUAUGAAAUGUUAGCAAGAUGUCAAGCUUUAGCUCGAGUAUCAAGGGGAUGAUAUUAGAGUUACAAGAGAAGUAGGCAACCAACUAAUUAGAGUCUGCUCAAAAAUUGGAUUCGUGUGGAACUGGAGUGAUCUUGUUUUGUCGUUCACCGAAGAUUCUUAGUAUCAAACGUCUUCUUCUAAUCUCCACAAUUUUGGACUUCCGAGAUUUUCUCUUGAAGAAGGAUCACGAGGCCCUUUUUCCGCCUGGUGCACCUGGGAGUAUUCCGUUCAAAAGCGAAAAGGUUCUGGGUGUGGGUCUUAGUGCGCGUAGGAACAUGUGCGUGCAUCACGAGAUCAGCACAGACCCAGAUCGAGAUCGAGUCGACGCUAGGUGCCGACGACUCAUUUCUCCUUUCAUUAUGCUCAUAAAGUGUAAUCAUAAUCAUGGAUGCCUGCAUCACUAUGGUGGAAGCAUCUUUAGUGUAAUGAUUCAUUCCCUCGUUUGUGUCAUGGAAGAAUCGUGCUAGAAAUAUUCUAUGUAUAAUGCCGACAGGUAUUUUUUCAGGAGGGAAAGAGUCGCUCUAAUCUUUUCGCCCAGCGUCUAGGUGGCGUCACGGAAGCUGUCUCCUGCAAAUGUAAGCACUAUGAGCGUUACCAGCGCGUUUUAGAUCGAAGCGAUCAACUAUUUGUGUCCCAGGACGUCCAUACGAUCGACGAGCUGACCGAGUUGGGCAAGAAAGAUGUCCCUGACAUUGAGGACGCGCUAUUGAGACCGAAUGAACAACGUGGAGGCAGUUCGUCGUCGACCGGACCACGAGGACAGCCAGCAGGCGCUGGCCAACAACUACAACAACCGAUGGGGGCAUCAAGAAGUGCCCAGCAACAGCAGGACCAAGGCGAAAGUCAUGUCCAGGUUUUUGGAGCUGACCCACACAACGAAGCUGCUGUAGAUGGUGGCGGUGGGCCUAGCAUAUCCGAUGGAGGGUGGUGUCCGUACUACACGGCUCGAAAGCUUCUGCAACAGGCCAAAAUCGUUGUUCUGAAUUACCAGUACGUCUUGGAUCCUAAGGUAUCGCAGGUUUCGACUCUAGGAGGAGUAGGCGAACGCAUAGGUCAGCGCAUCGCAAUGGCUGUGAACAGUAGCAGCAUUAAGGGUCGUUGUUUUUGACAAUUGACAAACAUCCUGUACUCAGUUUCACCAAGCAUCAUAUUUAUACAAAAUCUUUAUCCUGACAUCUCAUCUUCUAAGAAUAGUGAUAAUUCCGGGGCCAAGGAACCUUCAGUCGUUGUAUUCGAUGAAGCGCAUAACAUCGACGAUAUUUGUUCAGAAGCCUUAUCAGUGGAGUUAAACGAAGCGAAAUUGAAGGGUGCCGAAGUGAACAUUGGGACCCUGAAACAAGAAAUUUCCAGGGUGAAAAACGAGGAUGCGAAUCGCUUGCAGGAAGAAUAUUAUGCUAGUACAGAUUCUUGCAUGGUGGUUUGUAACCUGUGCUACAUACGAGGAUGAAAACAACAAGGAAGUUUCAUCGUUGUAUGAGUUGAAGUAGGAUUCAAUCGAAGCGAUUGAUUAGUACUAGUGCUAAAGUGUACCAGACUGCUGCAGUACAUACGAGGGCUUAUCACGAUCACAGAAGCUUCUACAAGUCCUCAAAGUCUGAAGCUUUUGAAAUUUCACGUCUCAACCUUUUGCGAUUCUCAACUACCUUCGUUUACUGGCUUGGUUGAGAAUAAUCAAUAUUUGGAAGUUCCAAAUUUGAAAUUUCGAAAAUUUUGACUUGAGGUCUUAUUAAUUCAAUGUAGAUCCAUGUGAGCCCCAUUGCACGCAUAUCGAAUAGACGUGAAUUUCAAAAUUUUUGAUUUUAUCUCGUUUUGAUUCAAUUUGAAUCCAUGUGAGCCCAAUUGCACGCAUAUUGAAUAGAAGAUGCGAAUUUUCAAAAUUUUUGAUUUUAUCUCGUUUUAAUUCAAUUUUAAUCCAUAUGAGCCCGGUUGCAUCCAGAUGAGCCGAAUGGGAAACCACUUCUCACUUAGUAACGUAAAAGUGUCACAACCACAUUAUUCUAGGAUUGUUAUUUUUGAUGAUUCGUUUAAAGCUAGAUCGUAUGGAAUGUUAGCUAUCUAUUUUGGUUUAACACACUGGUCAAUCCUAUCUGGCUCGAUGUAAGACGGUACGAUCACAUUUCCUCUCUAGUUUGGUCUCAGACGCUAAUUCCAUCCUAUCCUACCUACCACGCCCUUGCCACUUCCCACUCUAUCUAGGAGCUUGCUCUAAGAUAUUCAGCGCCUGGUGCAAAAUUUGCAGCAAGCUGGUCGUCUGACUGAGGAUCUAGCUGAUCGAUUGCAGUCUCCGGUAAUACCUGAAGACAUUCGCGAGGAAGCUGUUCCCGGUAACAUUCGAAAGGGGGAGCAAUUUCUGCAGAUUCUAGGAGAAAUUGCCGGCUUUUUCAAGAAUUACAUCAACGUUGACCGCGCGAGUUCGGACCAGCCUUUGUCUUUGUUGCAGAAGAUACAGGAUCGGCUAGACGUAGACGGACGGACGUUGAAAUUUUUCUACGAGCGGUUGAAAUCGUUGCUGAAUACGCUGAAUAUAAACGACUUUGAGAAAUUCGGACCAAUAUCUAGGCUGUGUGACAUGUGCACGCUGUUGGGGACGUACUCGCAGGGGUUCGUCAUCUUGAUAGAUCCCUAUCCAGAAAACGAAGCAAUCAAGGAUCCCAAACUGCUGCUGUAUUGCGUAGACUCGUCACUGGCGAUGCGGCCUGUGCUUAAAAGGUGUUUUUGGAGUUUAUGCUUUGUUUUCCCUUGGACAAGGGCCGCUUAGGGUUCGUCGUGCGGGCAUCGAAUUUUUAUCAUAGUCUCUUGAUCAUAUCGAUUUGGACCGCCUCAGGAUCUGUUUCAUCUUGCCGGUGGUUUAGAAUGACCAGUUGAGAUAAGCACACAUGACAUGAUAACUUUGCUAUACAACAACAAACCUAACCUCUACCAAAUGUCCAUCAGGUACGCCUCUGUAAUUUUGACGUCGGGUACAAUUUCGCCUUUGAACAUGUACGUGGAUUUGUUGGGAAUGCGGGAAAACAUGAUUGUUACCCGAAGCUUCCAGAUGACGAUGGAAAGGAGCUGCAUUUGCCCACUUAUCUUAUGGGUAAAUUGACUACCAGUCUAUCUGUAACUGUCAUAGCUUAAUUGUAGUUCUUGGUGUUAGUACAUUCUACUUUCUUCGAGGAUAGAGCGAGGUACAACAUUGUUCCUCUUUUUUGUACCUAACUACCGGGAGAAGAGCCAAGAGCAAGGUUGUAACUCACCAUGAUGAAGAAAGUAGGAGAUAUUUAAGCAAUCCACCUUCCGUAAACACGGGGACCUUCUAAAUCUCGUAACACGGGGACCGGAUCAAGUGGCUGUAAGUAGUAACUUCGAAGCGCGCGACAACCACGCGGUGACGAAGAAUUACGGGGACUUGCUACUAUCCCUGGCAAAAACUUAUGGUGCAAUUUUCUUGAUCGGUGUCAGUCUUUCUUGGUCUCAGUGAUUCAUCAUGGUUGCAAAAUUAAAGAAAAUCAAAAUUCACCGGUUAGCUUUUCUCUCGUCUUACUCGCUCCUCUUACUCCGCAUUACGGUAUAACCAAAAAUUUCUAAGCAAAAGUUCCGGAUGGCAUCGUUUGUUUCUUCACAAGUUAUCGUUAUAUGGAGCUUGUGGUUGAGCGGUGGUACGAAAGUGGCGUCCUUGCGCGGUUGAUGGAAGAGAAGCUUGUCUUUUUAGAAACCAAAGAUGUUGUCGCAACGACUCAAGCCUUAAACCUGUACCGGCAAGCCUGCGAUAGUGGUCGCGGUGCGGUGUUUCUCUCCAUUGUUAUGAUGUUGUCGUGGUUAGUAAAAGUAAGUAGUAGGUUUUUCUGUGAACUACUACAAAGGGUCAUGAAUAAUUUGUAUUCUCGAUAAAGAUCAUCAUUACUCUUUUCCUUAGUGACGGUGCUUAUUGUGACUCUCUUGCCAAAGAAAUCUCUCUUCUUCUAAUUUCCCUCGUGGUAAAGUUGCUGAGGGUAUCGAUUUUGACAAGCACUAUGGACGUUGCGUGCUGCUCUUCGGUGUUCCGUUUCAGUAUACCUUGAGCUAUGAGCUGCGUGCCCGUUUACACUACUUGCAUGAACACUACGACAUCCAGGAAUCCGAGUUCUUGAAUUUCGAUGCCAUGCGCCACGCCAGUCAGUGUGUGGGGAGAGUGCUGCGUUCAAAGAAGGACUACGGAAUCAUGUUACGGAAUCAUGUUUUUACUUUUUGCUGUAAUUCUUGUGAUUCAUCUGCUACUAAUUUGUAUGGCAGUUUCGCUGUUUGAAGACCCUAUCCUAUGCUAUCCUAUGCUAUCCUAUCCUAUCCUAUCCUAUCCUAUUUGUGCUACGGAGCAUUUCUAGUAAAGAUGAAGUUACAUAAAGCAUCUAAGUACUUGCUUCGCCGAUUACCGAUAUGGCAAGACGGGAAAGCGUGAAAAGAUUCCAGAAUGGAUCCGAAGUUGCCUGGAUUUAGACCGUCAAAAUCUUUCCACAGAUUCCGCAGUUUUUGAAGCGCGCAAGUUCUUGCUAGAGAUGAGUCAACCCUAUAAAACGAACAAGAAAAACUUGUUGUUGACGCCAGAAGACCUGGUCACAGAGCUACCACAGGUUGAGGGGGGUAGUCAACAAAGUAGGAACGCUGCUGGUAAUAUAAGUGCCGCAGAGCAGCAGGUGGGUGUUGGGCGUACGAAUAGUGCUGCAGCAAAGACUAAUAGUGGAACUACUCCAGCUGGCGCAGCUCCAGCGGACGAAUUAGAUGAGCUGGCAGAUAGUUUUCUUGAUGUUGCGUCUUCCAGAGGAUACGAUAUUUUUAGAACUGGUACAACUAGCACAUUGAAGAAAGAUGUUGUGCCGAUUCCUGGUGGAGGAGGUGGAGGAGAUGUUUAUGUAAGCAACACGUCUACGGGAAACGGUGAAGAAGAAUGGGGCGAGGAAGAGCACUGGGAUGAGGAAGAACAUUGGGAUGAAGAGCAAGAAUGGGAUGGCCAGGAUGACGUGGGAGAAAACCACGGGGACCUCCUUCCAGGUGAUGCUGGUGAUGCUAGUCCAGCAGCAAAACGACAGCAUUUAUGAUAUUGAAGAUUUUGAUAUGUUUUUUCACCUGGUUGCGGGGUCCAAAUUACAAUAUGAAAGAAAUUUCAGCAUGAAACUACUGAACGUAUUUGGUGUUAAUGUCUGGGAUGCUCUUGGUAGUUAUUCUUCUGGUAGUGUUGUCCUUGUCUUUU